AUGGCAAGCAACAGAGCACAAACGAAAAGGCCUAAGCGAGCCGCUCCUCAGAACAAUGCCGGGGUGCAGCCAAAACGCCCCAAACCAUCCAUCGCGUGGAUCAAAGUACUGGUAGGCCCGCACGGCACGAUGUACCGGAUUCCCGAACGAAGAGCCCGUUCGUCAUCGGAGUUCUUCGACAAAGCACUGGCGGGGACAUGGAAAGAAGGCACGCAGCGUACUGUCAGGCUUCCCGACGUUGACACUCGCACGUUCGGAGAGUAUUUCUGGUGGCUCUACCAUCCAACCUAUAUUCCCAGUUCGAAGUUCAAAGACCUUGUCGAGGCGUAUAUCCUGGCUGACAGGCUUAUGGUUAAAGAUUUCGGGAACCAGUUGAUCAAUAUGAUUGUGACACGGUUAACUGGUGGCAGCAGCGGAUAUCGCUCUCCUCCUUCCAAGGAGGAGAUGGAGUUCGUGUGUCGGACGUUACCUCCCCUGACGCCUCUUUACCGGCUGCUGGUAGAUUUUGAAGUCUACGUUGGGUCGUUCGCAAUGAAUUGGCUGAAGGACAUGGAUGUGGACAAGUGGUUUCGGCUAUGGAUGGUGAAAAGCUGA